AGGAGCUUCUUCCUGGUCUCCCAAGCAGGUGCAGGGGCCCAAGCACUUGAGCCAUCUUCUACUGCUUUCCCAGGCCCUAGCAGAGAGCCUGAGCAGAAGAGGAGCAGCCGGGACUCGAACCUCUGCCCAUUUGGGAUGCCAGUGUCCCAGGUGGUAGCUCAGCCCACUGCACUACAGAGCCGAGCCUGGAAUCACACGAGGUGUGUUAGGAGGGAAGCUGCAGGGCCGGGCGAGAUUCUCAGUAGCCGCUGUGCCGGAGGCCGUCACGGGACCGGUGACGCCACCUUGCCCGCCCGGGCCCUGGAGAAGGCCCAGCAGCAGCUGCAGGAGGAGGUGCGCCAGGUCAGCGGGCAGCUGCUGGAGGAGAGGAAGAAGCGAGAGGCCCACGAGGCGCUGGCCCGGAGGCUGCAGAAGCGCGUCCUGCUGCUCACGAAGGAGCGCGACGGCAUGCGUGCCAUCCUGGGGUCCUACGACAGCGAGCUGACGCAGGCCGAGUACUCGCCCCAGCUGACCCGCCGCAUGCGUGAGGCCGAGGACAUGGUGCAGAAGGUGCUGGCACACAGCGCGGACAUGGAGGUGGGCCUGCACUGCACGCGGCUGCCCCGGUGACCUGGGGCCCGUGGG